GAGCUGACUUGAUUCCUCUUGGGAUUCCAUUGAACCCUGAACCCCUUCCGUGCCACCAUGCGCCCACCACGGCUCCGCGCCGCUGCCGCCUCGCCGCCGCUCCCACGGCGCCGCCUAUGCACCGACGCUGCCGCCGCCACCUCCUCCGCGGCAUCUUCCUCUCCUUCCCCGCCGCAGCAGGGCGCCGCCCAGCCCCUCUCCGUCCAAUUCGCCAGACCCCUCGCCGCCCGUGGCCCUGCCGUCUCCGAUGACCUCGCCUCCAACCUCCGCGCGCUCCUCGCCUCCUCGCCCACGCAUCCGCGCGCCUUCCCGCUCCUCCGGUCCGCCGCGCUGCAGGCGCGCCUCCCACCGGACGCGCUCGUCGACGCCGUCCUCUCCGCCGCGGACGCCGGCUCUCCGGCCGCGGCCGCGCUCCUCAGCAGCCUCCUCGCCUGCCUCUCCCGGGCCGCCCGCGAUUGCUCGGCAGCCACGGCCGCGUACGCCCGCAUGGUCGCCCGGGGCGUCGUCCCGGACGCCAAGUCCCGCACCGACCUGCUCGUCGUCAUGGCGCGGGGCGCGUCGACCGCGGACGCGCUCGCGCUGUUCGACGAGAUGCGGGCCAAGGGGUACCACGCCGACGCAAUGAUGUACGACGCCGUCAUGCGAGCCUGCGUCAGGGGAGGGAUGCACGGGGAAGCUGUCAGGCUGUUCGACGAAAUGGCCAGCGCCGGGGUCAAGCCCGACGAGUGCGUGUAUUCUCUCAUAAUCGCAGCCUUGUGCAAGCUGCACGAUGUGGACAGAGCGCUCCAGGUGCUGGGGGAGAUGAGGGAGGCAGGCAUCAGGCCAUGGGAUCCCACGUACAAUUACAUGGUGGAUGCGCUCAUGAAGGCAGGAAGGAUGGAGGAGGCGCUGCAGGUUAAGGAUCAGAUGCUGCUAGCUGCUGGAAAGAAGAUGGAUGUGGUUCUCGCGACGACAUUGAUGCAUGGGUAUUGCUUGCAUGGUGAAGUUGGGAAAGCGCUGGAUUUGUUUGAUGAGGUUGUCAGGGAUGGUUUGGCACCGACCAAUGUGACAUAUGGGGUUCUGAUCAAAGGUUGUGAUGCAGAGGGGAUGAUAGAUAAGGCAUACGAGCUUUGCCGACAGAUGAUAGAGCAAGGAUUGUUGUCAAGCGCAUAUGAGUUCAAUAUGGUGAUCAAAGGUCUCUUGCGAGACAAACGGUGGGAGGAUGCCAUCGGCUUGCUGGAGGUUGUGGUUGAUACUGGGGUACUGGAUGUCUACACAUACAAUUGUCUAAUUCAUUGGCUCUGUAAGCAUCACAAACUCCACGAGGCACUCAACGUAUGGGAUAAGAUGAAGGAAAAAGGAGUAAAACCAUCUAUUGUGACAUACCACAGCUUGCUGCUGGGUUACUGUGAGAAGGGGCACAUGGAUGAAGCACUCAAGUUAUACUCUGAGAUGCCUGGGAAAGGAUUCACACCCAAUGAAGUCACUUACACAACUCUGAUGAAAGGUUACAUCAAGAAGAACUCUUUUGACAAGGCUUACGCCCUCCUCAAUGAAAUGCAUCAGCAUGGGGUUUCUUGCAAUGACUAUACAUAUAACAUUCUCAUAAAUGGACUUUGCAUGGUCAAUCGUGUUUGUGAAGUUGAUGGCAUGCUGAAGAGAUUUAUAAGUGACGGUUUUGUUCCAACCGCAAUGACAUACAAUAGUAUCAUCAAUGGAUUUGUCAAAGCUGGUAUGAUGGGCUCAGCAUUUGCUAUGUAUCAGCAGAUGUGGGAGAAAGGUAUAACUCCCAACAUAGUAACAUAUACCAGUUUUAUUGAUGGUUAUUGUAGGACAGACUGCUGUGAUCUGGCAGUGAAGCUCCUCAAUGACAUGAGGCGCAAAGGCAUUCGACCUGACAUUGCUGCAUACAGUGCUUUCAUAAAUGGGUUCUGCAAACAGGGGAAUAUGUCAUAUGCACUCCAGUUUUUCGUUCUUCUAUUGAAAGAUGGUUUAAAACCAAAUGUUAUUGUCUACACUAGUUUUAUUACAGGGUACAAGAAUUUGAGAAUGAUGGAAGAAGCUUCCAGGUUCUAUUAUAGCAUGCUCAAAGAAGGAAUUGUUGCUGAUACAGCAACCUAUACAACCUUAAUUGAUGGGUUCUCAAAAGCUGGCAAUGUAGCCUUUGCUUUGGACCUGUACUCAGAGAUGUUGGCCACUGGCAAUAUUCCUGAUGAUAAAACUUUCACAGCAUUAAUACAUGGUCUUUGCCGAAGUGGAGACAUUGAUGGUGCUAAGAAGUUAUUGGACGAGAUGAGAAGAUUAGAUGUAGCUCCUAAUAUUUUUACUUAUAACAUGCUGAUAAAUGCAUACAUCCGUGAUGGUAAGCUGCAAGAUGCAUUCCAAUUGCAUGAUGAAAUGCUGAACAGAGGAGUUGUGCCCGAUGAUACCACAUAUGAUAUACUAGUUGGCUUGAAACCUGUGGAAGCAAGUCCCGCAGAUGCAGAAAAUCCUGCUUAAAUUCUGCCAGUUAAAGUAUGAAGGACCUUAACUCGAGGCUUGAGCAGAUUGAAAUUUCCUUUGUAUGACACUGUUGAGAUGGGAAAUUUGCACUGUAAAUAAAUUGAAGUUUUGACAAUGUCAUAUGGAAGCGAAGGUUCGGUCUUUUCGGUACAAAAGGAUGGCGACAUUUAUGAAGAUUUUAGGUAUAGAAUUUCAGCUGGCUGGUUGAAAUACCGUCAAGCUUCUGGUGUCCUCUGUGAUAGGAGGGUGCAACAAAAGCUAAAAGGCAAGUUCUAUAGGACAACGAUUCGCCCAGCGAUGUUAUACGGUGCUGAAUGUUAGCCUAAAAAAGGCAACAUGUCCAGCAACUGAGUGUAGCAGAUAUGCGGAUGAUUGCGGUGGUUUUGCGGGCGCACAAAGAGGGAUAGAGUCCGGAACAAGGCUAUUCGGGAUAGGGUCGGGUGGCACUAAUAGAGGAAAAACUUACCCCCAACAUCGGUUGAGAUGGUUUGGACAUGUUACACGGAGGUCUCCUGAGACGCCGGUGCAUAGUGGGGUUCUAGAGCGGGUCGUUAAUGUAAAGAGGGGUAGAGGUAGAUCUAAACUGACUUGGGAUGAGUCGGUUAAGAGAGACCUUAAGGAUUGGAAUAUCCCUAAAAUGUAGCUUUGGUUAGGAGCGCUUGGAGAUUAGCUAUCAACGUGUCUGAACCGUGAAUCGUGACCUUUGUUUCUUUUGGGUUUCAUCUCUAACAUACCCCAACUUGUUUGGAAAAAAAAAAGACUAUGUUGUUGUUUCAGGUUCAGUCUUUGGUUGUAAGGUCCUGAUAUUAUGUGUACCUGGUGGAUAUCCUGAAUUCAAACACUUAGUUGUUGAAUCUGAACCGAAUAGUCAGUGUGUGCACUAUCAAAAUCUGUAACAGCCCUGGUACCCACGACCUUUACAUUUAAGAAUACCAGAUAUAUGUGUGUGAGGUAUUGCUUGUUGCAAUGGCUGAUAAUUGUUCCUGCAUAAACUGGAUCUGAUCAAUGCCAAAUAGAGCCGUGGUGAUGAGUUAAUUAAGAGUUAUAAUAGACCAGUUAGAUUAGACAAGAUUGGUGUAACUAGAUUCAUCAUGAAAAAUACUUCCAUAAUAUAUAACUCUUUCUA